UGUGUGGGAUAUAAAGCGUUCGUGCAAUAAAGAACAGAGACGUUCACGGACCGCGUACGGUUUACACAUAGGAGUGUCAACGACUACCAUUGCUUGGCUGUACGCGCUAGACAUUGGACGCUACAUAACGAUAUGAAGAUAUCCCUGGUAGCCCUGUUACUGCUUGGUAUUACUUUGGCCUUGGUGGACCACGGACAUGCAUACGGAGAAGCAUGGUGGCCAGGAGGUUGGCAACACCACUUGCCAGGCCGCGGAUGGUGGUACCCCUCGGAAGGAAAGUGCUUGAGGAGAUCACGAUACCGCGUUGAAGUUGCUGGCAGAGUGCUUUGGUGCAUGUACGCCUGCCGAGGACGUGGUUUUCGGUACGAGAACGAGGACGACGGAACACCGUGUUUUAUGUCUUAUCGCGUAGCUGGUUUUUGUUACGACGGAGAGUGCGUGUUCAGUCUCCCAGAAGAACCCACUCAGGAACCCGAAAUCACAUCAGAAGUGACGUCGCUGGCACCACGUGUGCCAACUCAGGGACCUGAGACAACGACUAAGCGUGAUCAGACGGUGCAGACCGUGGCUACAACUGUGUCGCGAAAGGAGACGGUCUUACCUGAGGAAACAGGGCCUACCGAACCAGAGAAACAGCCUGAGCCAACAACGGCAGCACAUCCUAAGGCUACGACUAAGCCGUCUCAGCUAACGACAAAGCAAAGGUACGAAACCGAACCUCAGCCCACGACAACUGCAGAACCCGAGGCCACAACUAAGAAGACGGAAGUAACAACAAAGCAAAGGCAUGAAGUAUCCGAAGCUACAACAAAGCAGCCGGAGGUAGCGACAGAACAAAGCCACCAAGAACCUGAGGCCACAGCACCUGCAACACCUGAGGCUACGACAAAUCAGCCGGAAUUAACAACGAGUCCAAAACACGAAGAACCUGAGGCCACAAGACCAGCAGAACUUGAAGCCACAACCAAGCAACCGCAACCGAAAACAAGGGGAACACAGGAAGAGACCCCAGAGGCCACAACACCUGCAGAACCCGAAGCCAAAACUGAGCAUCCAGCACUAACAACAGAGCAAACAAAGGAGGAAGAACCUGAAGCCACAACAGCUGUAGAAGCCGUAGUCACGACCAAGCAGGCGGAACCAACCACAAGAGAAAGACACGAAGAGACCCCUGAGGACACAACACCUGCAGAAUCCGAAGCCAAAGCCGGGCAGCCAGAACAAACAACAAAGCAAACAAACGGGGAAACACCUCAAGUCACAACCGUUGGAGGAACAGAAGCCAUGACCAAGCAACCAGAAUUAACAACAAGGCGAUGGCAAGACGACGAAUCUGAGGUCGCAUCAGAUGCAGAACCCGAGACCACGACACAGUAUCCAGAACCAACAACUAUGCGAGCUCACGAAGAAGAACAUGAGGCCAAAACAGCUGUAGAAUCCGAGGUGACGACCCAGCAGCCUGACGUAACAUCAAACCACGAGGAAGUACCUGAAGUCACAACAGCUGUUCAGGCAAAGUUGCCGCCGGAAGUGACAACAAAGGAAAAUCACGAAGAAGAGCUUGGAACCACAACUGACGAGCAAUCAGAAAGCACAGCCAAGCGUAACGAAGAUAAGCAAUCUCGAAAUGCAGCGACUGCAGAGGUCGCGGCCUCAUCAACGCCAGCAGAGUCUGAAGGUACAACGAAAUAAAACAAAGAAAGUUAACUGCAGUCGGUAACAGUAUCUGGUACAGUAGGAACGUCAGAUCCACAUUGACGUGCCAGUUAUCACAGUGCAACUGCACAAUGAAGCCCUCAUCACGCAAAUGAAGCCAUGUAGGGUUAGCCAACUACGCCGUAAUCACAAGCCGCUCGUCAUCAUAUCUGACCGGGCAUUGCAGGCAAAUCUUUUUGCCGUUGUAUUUAUCCCCUGGAAAACAGUGAUAAACAUAUUCCUUCAUUUAACA